AAAAAAAAAAUAGUUAAAAUGGGACAGAAAGCUAAGAGUCCUAGCUACACAGUCGUUUGGUCAUUUAUUUGUCCACAUCUGAGUUUCUUUGCUAGAAGGGUUCAAAUUAGGAUAUAUCAUAUAUGGAAUGCAAGGAAUGAUGCUGUAUGGAAUCAAAAAAUUAUCAGGCCUCAAAUGAUGGUGCUGCAAAUACGAGAAGAGAGCAGGAUUAGAGCCUUAGAGAUGCUAAAGAGGAGAAUAACCUGUAACGAUAGGAAAUGGAUAGAACAAUUGUAUACGUAGGAAAUGUAUAGGUUCAAAAUAGGUGUCAAAGUAAGUGAAAAUGAAUAGGUGGUCGGGGUCUGUUAGGCAGGAGAAGUUACUUGGCUUUUGAUAGGAUAUAAGAUAUAUGUAAAUGUGUUGGGAUGAAAUACAAUGAGUUUUGUUCGACCAAAAAAAAAAAAAAGAAGGGUUCAAAUUAGGUACACGCGUUUUGUGGGUUUAGCACUAAUAAGUAAAAGAAGUGAUAAGUCUUAGUCACUUGAUUGAUUAGCCUUCAAAUACUUCUCUUAUAUAGAAGAGAUCACUAUGUCAUUAGCCCAAAAACAAAGUUAAGAGAGAAUAUUUUCCACGGUAAGGAUCUGGUUAACUUGGGACAAAGAUUAAUUGGAGGGUGAGUUUCAAGAUCAAAGGGUCAUUUCAGAUAAUCUAAGACUUAUUUAUGGAAGACAGAGACCAAGAAAAGGAUAUGGGCAUGCCUAAUUCUAUGAGCAAUAUUAAUCCUUCUCAACAUGAAUCAUCAUCUUCCCAUCAAGAGCAAAGACAACUAAAUUCACAUCAACAAGUAGAAAAAGAUCCAAACUCCGAUCCAGAUCCACUAAAUGUAGCUGCAGCCAAGACAGUGCAACUACGACAACCACAAUCGACAACCUCAAUCCGAUACCGAGAAUGUCUCAAGAAUCAUGCUGUAAAUAUGGGAGGACAUGUCCUCGAUGGAUGUGGAGAAUUCAUGCCAACUGGAAAAGAAGGAACCCCACAAGCCUUAAAAUGUGCUGCUUGUGAUUGUCACCGAAAUUUUCACCGAAAAGAAACCAAGGCUGAGACAAUAGCUCGUACUAUUGGCCCAUACUCCACAUUUCCCACAAUGCAGAUUAAUAAGUACUUUCACGGUCCCGUGCCAGCUGUAAUGAUGAAUUUCAGAGCGAAUAAAUAUAUCGGAUCUUCAGCUGAUGAAUCAUCAAGUGAAGAUCUUGUCAACUUGUUCGACCGAGGAGGACAAGUGGUAAUGCAACCUUCUAAUCUUUCGAUAUCGAAGAAGAGGUUUCGGACAAAAUUUAGUCAGGAACAGAAAGAGAAAAUGCAUGAAUUUGCUGAGAAAUUGGGAUGGAGGAUCCAGAAAGAAGAUGAACAACAACUGCAGCAAUUCUGUAAUGAAGUGGGUGUAAAGAGACAAGUUUUCAAAGUAUGGAUGCACAACAGUAAACAAGCAAACAAGAAGAAGUCACAAACGUAAGGCUUCAAUUAAUUAUUAGCUGCUUAUAACCUUGUUUAAUACAUCAUACUGUUAGAUUCUUUAAUUAGGACAAUAUAUUACUACUUUAUUUGUGCAUAAAUCAAAGAGACUAGAUGAA